AAGACAUAGACAUGAUGGGCCAGGUUCUGAAGUGGAAUUUUGUGCUUCAAACAGACUGAAAGGGGAACAAGGAGUUUUGUGCUGCUUUCAGUCAUGAAUCAGAUCGCAAUUCAAUGGGAUGCAGUAAUAGCUCUUUACAUAUUCUUCAGUUGGUGUCAUGGAGGAAUUACAAAUAUAAAAUGCUCUGGCCACAUCUGGGUAGAACCAGCCACAAUUUUAAAGAUGGGUAUGAAUAUCUCUAUAUACUGCCAAGCAGCAAUUAAGAACUGUCAACCAAGCAAACUUUAUUUUUAUAAAAAUGGCAUCAAAGAAAGAUUUAAAAUCACAAGGAUUAAUAAAACAACAGCUUGGCUUCGGUAUGACAACUUUCUGGAACCACACGCGUCUUUGCACUGCAGUGCUGAAUGUCCUGGACAUUUUCAAGAGACACUGAUAUGUGGAAAAGACAUUUCUUCGGGAUAUCCACCAGAUGUCCCUGACAAGGUAACCUGUGUCAUUUAUGAAUAUUCAGGCAACAUGACUUGUACCUGGAAUACUGGGAAGCCCACCUACAUAGACACAAAUUAUGUGGUGCAUGUGAAGAGUUUAGAAACAGAAGAACAGCAACAAUACCUCACUUCAAGUUAUAUUAACAUCUCCACUGAUUCAUUACAAGGAGGCAAGAAGUAUUUGAUUUGGGUCCAAGCUGCAAAUGUACUUGGCACAGAGAAGUCAAAACAACUGCAAGUUCACCUGGAUGAUAUAGUGAUACCGUCUGCAGUCACCAUUUUCAGGGCGGAGGAUAUAAAUACAACAAUGCCCAAGACCAUAAUUCAUUGGAAUAGUCAAUCAACAAUUGAAAAGGUUUCCUGUGAAAUGAGAUACAAGGCUACAACAAACCAAACUUGGAAUGUAAAAAAAUUUGACACCAAUUUCACAUAUGCGCAACAGUCAACAUUCUAUCUGGAGCCAAACACUAAAUAUGUAUUUCAAGUGAGAUGUCGAGAAGCAGGUAAAAGCUACUGGCAGUCCUGGAGUUCACCCUUUUUUCAUAAAACACCUAAAAGAGUUCCCCUGGUCAUGCUGAAAUCAUUCCAACAUGAUACUCAGAAUUCUGGGCUUCUAAUUGCUUCCAUCUUUAAAGAACAACUUACUUCUGACAACAGGCAACAGAACAUUGGACUUUUGUCGGGCAUGGUCUCCUUUGCUGUUGUGUUGUCAAUUCUUUCUCUGAUUGUGAUAUUUAACAAAUCGCUCCGAACUAGAAUUAAAAGAAGAAUCUUAUUGCUCAUACCAAAAUGGCUUCAUGAAGACAUUCCUAAUAUGGAAAACAGUAAUGUUGUGAAAAUGCUACAGGAAAAGAGUGAAUUUAUGAAUAAUAAUUCCAGCGAAGAGGUCCUAUAUGUUGAUCCAGUGAUUACAGAGAUAGAAAUCUUUCUCCCAGAAGAACACAAGCCUAUGGACUACAAGAAGGAAAAGAAGACAGGAUUUCUGGAGAUGAGAGACUGCCUGCAAAAGUCACUGCCCACCAAUACUACAGUUGUGUAUAUUCCUGAUCUCAACACUGGGUAUAAACCCCAAACUUCAAAUUUUCUCACUGAGGAAAAUCAUCCCAGCAAUAAUGAUGAAACAGCUUCCUCAACUCCCAGACCAACAACUGCUGAUUUCUUAGACCUAGGGAAAAAUGCUCGGUUUAAAAAAUAUCCUAAUUUUGCUCUUUCUGUUUCAAGUAUGAAUUCACUAAACAAUACACUAUUUCUUGAAAAAUUAAACCUCAUUUUAAAUCAAGGAGAAUGCAGUACUUCUGACAUGCAAAACUCGAUGGAGGGGGAAACCACCAUGCUUUUGGAAAAUGCUUCACCCAAUGAAACUAUUCCAGAACAGACCCUGCUGCCUGAUGAAUUCGUCUCCUGUUUGGGGAUCAUGAAUGAGGAGUUGCCAUCUAUUAAUUCUUAUUUUCCACAAAAUAUUUUGGAAAGCCACUUCAAUAGGAUUUAA